AUGGGCAAGCCAGAAGUCGACUAUGGGCUGUAUCUAGUCACCGACUCGACCCCCGCUAUCCUCGGCGACAGGAAUCUCAAUGAGGUUGUCGAAGCGUCCCUCAAGGGAGGAGUCACUAUUGUGCAACUACGUGAGAAAAAGGGAGACACCGCAGAGCUGAUCGCAAAGGCAAAGGCUUUACAUGAGAUUACAAAGAGGUACAAUGUGCCGCUGCUCAUCAACGACCGCGUCGAUGUGGCUCUGGCCGUUGACUGUGAAGGCAUCCACAUCGGCCAGGAUGAUAUGGAUCUAUCAACCGCAAGGAAGCUUCUAGGGCCGGACAAGAUCAUUGGAGUCACGGCCAGCACCGUCGACGAGGCACUCAAGGCAUGUGAAGGUGGCGCUGACUAUCUUGGCAUUGGCACCGUUUAUGCCACCCCAACAAAGACCAACACCAAGGAGAUCAUCGGUGCCGCUGGUGUGCGUGAGAUUCUAGGGAAAAUUGCCGAUGCAGGGCACAAGACCCAAACUGUUUGCAUCGGCGGUGUCAACGAGUCCAACCUGCAACGCAUCGUGUUCCAAUGCGCGGCGGCGUACAAGAGAUUGGAUGGUGUCGCAAUCGUCAGCGCCAUCAUGGCGGCUCAGGAUCCGGAAUCCGCCGCUAAGAAGCUUCUUGCCUUGGUCAGGAGUCCACCAGCUUUCCAAGCUGAUACCAGAGGGAAAGACUCGGACGUUGCCGACGUAAAAACCGUGGUUGAUCUGGCGCCAUCCGUUCUGCAAAGAGUCCACGAGACGACACCACUCUCCCACAACAUGACCAACAUUGUGGUGCAAAACAUCGCGGCCAACGUCGCCCUGGCCAUCGGCGCGUCACCGAUCAUGGCUGGUUACGGGGAGGAAGCUCCCGAUCUAUGCAAACUUGGAGGUGCCCUGGUCAUCAACAUGGGCUCCGUUGACCCGAACGGGUUGACAAACUACCUGAAGGCACUCAAAGCGUACAACCUAGAAGGGCGGCCGGUCGUGUUCGACCCGGUGGGCCAAGAGCAGCAGCGCGGCGUCGACAGCUCGAGCACGCUGGAUGCCUCGCAAAAGGCUCAGCUAGUGCGGGAGCUGGCCGCACGGGAGAAGAACGUGGUCGUCAUGACGGGCAAGACAGACUUUGUCAGUGACGGGGUCCGGACCUUUGCCAUUGACAACGGGCACGAGUAUCUCGGCAUGGUGACAGGGACGGGCUGCACGCUGGGGACCACCAUUUCGGCUGCUAUAGCAUCGCGUACGACGAAUAGGCUAGUAGCUGUCAUCGCGGCCAUUCUGCAUUUCGAGAUCGCCGCCGAGAUCGCUGCCUCCCGGCCCGAGGUUAGAGGACCGGGUAGCUUCGUCCCAGCCUUUUUGGAUGAGCUGUAUCUCAUCCGGCAGGCCACGGCGAGCAAAGAGCUGUCCUGGUUAGAAAGGGCAAAGGUCAGGAGUGUUGUAUAA